CAAAGUCACGUGAUCAACACUAAAAGCUGCCAUACUCUACGACAUAAAUACAGCAUCCUUUUUUUCCGGUUUCUUUAAUUUUUUUAUUGUCGCCUUCAAUGGAAAUUAAAAAAAAAAAAAAAGAAAAGUGAAAAAAAUCGCUAAAACCCUAACUCUUCUUCACCCAAAACCGUAAAACCAUGAACAACAAUGAUCCAACAGCAAUGGAAGCCCAAUCUGAACCUUCAAAAAUUAACCAAUCUCUUCAAACUGUAGCUUCAGGUCCUCUUUCUUCUUCUCUUUCCUCACUGUCUUCCUCUUCUCGAACCCUACCUUUCAAUCAAGACUUUCAUUUCUUUAAUAACUUCGAAGAUUUCAGGCUACCCAUCGAUCAAAUUGCUAAAAUAUCGGAUUCUUUGCUCGAAUCCAUCGGCUCAUCGGCUAAAACCUGGGGCCCCAACAGAGUGACCAAUUUCCCUCACAACAUUGAAAGUAUAGCCGAUGAUGAAGCUUAUGAUUGGCUCGUUAAUAUCAACGACGAAAUCUUGGAACGAUUUGACGUUUCCAUUGACGAAUUUCAAGAGAUUCGAAAGAAAGAAGAGGAAACUGGUCGGUUUAUCGGGUCGAAUCCGGACAAUAGUGGUUUCCAGUUGGUUUACGGGAAGAAAAAGAAGAAAGGGGAUGGUGGGUUAAUGAGUGACGCGGUUGGUGAGUCAAUAAGUGGGAAAGGUGGGUCUUCGAGUUACUCUGAAGUGAAGGUGAAGAAAGGGGCGUUGGCUGCGGGGACGACGGGGAAAGCGAAGGUUCCAUUUCAUAUACCAACGAUACGAAAGCCUCAGGAAGAGUAUAAUAUACUUGUGAAUAAUUCGAAUCAGCCUUUUGAACAUGUUUGGUUGCAGAGGAGUGAGGAUGGGCAACGUUUUAUUCAUCCACUGGAGAAGCUCUCUGUUAUGGAUUUUGUGGAUAAAGAUAUGGCAGGUAUUGAGCCUGUAAAACCCCCCUCAAUUGAGUCUACCCCAUUCAAGCUGGUGGAGGAAGUAAAAGAUUUAAAGGAGUUAGCAGCUAAAUUACGCAGUGUGAAUGAAUUUGCGGUUGAUUUGGAGCAUAACCAAUAUCGAUCUUUUCAAGGAUUGACUUGCUUGAUGCAAAUUUCUACCAGAACCGAGGAUUUUGUUGUAGAUACUUUAAAGCUACGAAUUCAUGUUGGUCCAUAUCUUAGGGAAGUAUUCAAGGAUCCCACCAAGAAAAAGGUUAUGCAUGGAGCAGACCGAGAUAUCGUGUGGCUUCAACGGGACUUUGGCAUAUAUUUAUGCAAUCUCUUUGACACUGGACAGGCCUCAAGGGUCUUGAAAAUGGAAAGAAAUAGUUUGGAGUAUCUUCUGCAACACUUUUGUGGAGUUACUGCCAACAAAGAAUAUCAGAACGCAGAUUGGAGAUUGCGUCCUCUUCCUGAUGAAAUGCUCAGAUAUGCUAGAGAAGACACACACUAUUUGCUGUACAUUUAUGAUUUAAUGAGAAUGAAGUUAUUGUCAAUGCCUAGGGAAUCUGAACAUUGUGAUGCUCCUUUGGUAGAGGUCUAUAAACGAAGUUCUGAUGUAUGCAUGCAACUAUAUGAGAAAGAGCUGCUGACUGAAAAUUCAUAUCUCCAUGUAUAUGGGUUGCAGGGGGCUGGUUUCAAUGCUGGGCAGCUAGCAAUUGUUGCUGGGCUUUGUGAAUGGCGAGACAUUAUUGCCCGUGGAGAGGAUGAAAGUACUGGUUAUGUGUUGCCAAACAAAAUACUUCUUGAAAUAGCCAAGCAAAUGCCUGUAACUGCUAGCAAGUUACGUCCAUUGUUGAAAUCCAAACACCCAUAUGUGGAGCGAAAUCUUGGUGCAGUUGUUAGCAUCAUCAAGCAUUGUAUGCAGAAUGCUGUUGCAUUUGAAGCCGCUGCUCAACAACUUAGAAUGGGUCGUGUGCUAAAUGCAUCAGAACAUGUAGCAGUUAAUGAGGAAGCUGAAGUCUUACCUCCUGAGACUCCUACAGACUUGAAAAUUGCAAAUGAUAUAAUAGAAAUCAUAGAUGGUGGCAUGGGGGGACCUGAUCAGGUAAAUGCACAAGCUGCUUCUCUUCAACAUAGAGCGGAAUCGUUAAAGAUUGGUAGCAGUAUUGCUGGACUUGACUCGUACAAAAAACAAAAAAGAUUCCCUUUGGAGCCAGAUGUGAAUGUUAUCUCAAUGUCCACGAAUGAAAGUCUUGCCUUCUCAGGGCAGAGCGGAGAAGCAAAUGCUUGCACAGUUAUUCCACCUUCAGCAAAGAUUGCUACUGGAGCAACUGUUCAGGUUCUAAAGAAACCAAGCCGUGGCUUUGGGGCACUUCUGGGGAAUGCUGCCACAAAGAAGAAAUUUGAUAUUAAUAAAAAGGAGGAGGAAGAGAGUAAGUUGGAGCAGAUCAGAUCUUCAGUGAAUCUUUCAUUUCAUUCAUUUUCGGGUACAGAGGAGCAGUCCAAACCUGCAACAAAGGAGCCAACUAGAGUAUCACAAGUUUCAAAACCUGAAGAGCCUCAGACUGUGGUAGCGACUGAGUCGACUUCGGAAGAUAUUAUACUGUUGGAAGAUAAUUCAAAUAAAGAUGAAUCAAUUAAUGGUGUCUGUAGCCCAGAAAUCACUGAUACACCCAGGGAGGAGAGUCUUGUGGCACCUACCUCUGAAACAAAUGAAGAUGAGAGUGAGGCUAUGUCACUAUCUGAUUUAUCUACAAACUUCCAGUCUAUUAAUCAAAACAGGAAAGUGGUUAAAGUCAGGAAGUCAAAAAAACCGAGUGGUGUUUUGCAAAUAAAGCCAUUUGAUUAUGAAGCAGCCAGGCAACAGGUUAAAUUUGGAGAAGAAGAUGCAGAGGAAGAAUCAGGAAGCCAAGUAAACUCUGCAGGUAAGAAGAAAAGUUCGGCGGUUGGUCGACUGCAAAUAGACGAUGGGACUAAACAAUUUCCUCAAGCUAGACGACGACAAGCGUUUCCUGCAUCUGGGAAUAGAAGUGCUACUUUCCGUUGAGUCUCCAAUGGUAAGAUCAUAAUCCCGUAAGACAAAUGAAAAAGUUGCAUAAUGUCAAAAAAUGUUUGCCUAAAUACAAAUUGAUAUAAUAAUUUAUAUAUUUUAUUCCUAUUUGAUAUAAAAUAAUUAUG